UGAUCUUGCAGCAACCCCUUCCCGGUUUCCUCCCCUAGCUGCAUCUUUUCUUUCACCUUCGAGUCGACUUUCUUUUCUCCUCGCUGUACGAAGUACACAGAUUUGCAUUGUGACAUGGAGGAGAAAAACCCAGAAGCCUUUUCCCAGGCGCUGCCUGCAGAUCGCACCGAUGAUGCCGUGCAAUACCUCCAGGGACAUGAGGGCCCCGACACCUCCCAGGUCGAUUUCCGGGCUCUACGUCGGAAAAUUGAUUGGCAGCUCAUGCCUUUCAUGUUUAGUUGCUACGUUCUUCAAUUCUUGGACAAAGUCAUGCUCAACUAUGCCGCCGUGAUGGGAAUGAAAGCAGAGUUGCAUCUCGUGGGGAAUCAAUUUUCCAAUACAGCCUCGUGGUUUUUCAUCGCCUAUCUGAUUGCCGAGGCACCCAACAUCUACUGUCUCCAGAAAGUGCCCGCAGCCAAGUGGCUCGGAAUCAACGUCGCGCUAUGGGGCGUGGCUGCUGCUGCGUCUGCAGGCGCCAAAAAUUAUGCGACUCUUCUCACAGCCCGUAUUUUCCUGGGCAUUUUCGAGGCGACCAUCGGACCGUCGCUGAUGCUCAUCAGUUCCCAAUACUACAACAAAAGCGAGCAGGCCCCGAGAUUUACAUGGUGGUACAACGGUCUCGGCGUGGCCCAGAUCAUCGGUGGCCUUGUGUCUUUUGGCUUCCAGCAUGUGCAUCACGGUGCCACAGUCUCCGGAUGGCGAAUCAUGUUCAUCGUCAUCGGAUGUCUGACCAUCGUGGUCGGUGUCCUCACCCUGCUCUUCAUCCCCGACACUCCCAUGAAGGCCACAUGGCUGUCCGAGCAAGAAAAGGUGGCUCUGCUGCAGCACGUCAGUAUCAACCAGACCGGAGUCUGGAGCACAAAAUUCAACUUUAAGCAUCUACUGGAAGCUGUGCUUGACAUCCAACUCUGGCUUCUGGUCCUGAUCACCAUUCUCAUCUCCGUCUCCAGCGGCGUCGUAACCACCUACUCCGCCACCCUGAUCGCCGGCUUCGGCUACUCGGGCCCUAUCUCCGCCCUCCUAAACAUGCCCUCCGGCAUCGUCAGUAUCUUCUUCACCCUCCUGGUGGGCUUCGGCAUCCGCAAAACCUCCCACCGCUGGGCCUGGAACGCCUUCUGCACCAUCCCCGGCAUCAUCGGCGGCGCUCUCCUCUCCUUCCUCCCUAAGAGCAACAAAGCCGGCGUCCUGAUUGGCAUCUACCUCGUCAACGCCAUCGUCGCCACCCUCCCCAUCCUGUACCAAUGGACCAUGGCAAACUCCGCCGGCCACACCAAGCGCGCCUUCAGCAGUGCCCUAGUCGCGGGCUCUUUCUCCGUCGGAAACAUCAUCGGGCCUCAGACCUUCCAGGCCCGUGAUGCGCCGGAGUAUCGCCCAGCCAAGAUUGCUGUUCUGGCUACUCAGGCCGCGGCGGCGGUGAUGUCUGUCGUGUUGUUUGGGUAUUAUGUCUGGGAGAACCGGAGGAGGGAUAAGCAGUAUGGAAAAGUGGAGGAUUCGAUGGUGGAUGAGGCCAAGUGGGCGGGUUUGACGGAUAAGGAGAAUACCAGGUUUCGUUAUGUUUAUUGAUGUGGACAUCAAAAUCCUGAUACUAAUAGUUGAUGGUGCUUGUUUUUGUUAUUGAUUGUUUCUGUUCACUCCGUAGAUUUCCUUCUUCUCAUUAUAUCCUUGUAAAAGCUGUAUUAGUGCCGCAUAUACCU